AUGGCAGCACCAAAAUGGUUUUGGAGCGUCUUUGCAGCCCUAACCUUCUUUUUAACAAUAGUUUUGAAUGAAAACUCAAUAAUGGUUUGUGGGAACAAUGAAGGAGAUGCUCUUGUUGUCUUCAAGCUUAGCUUGUUAGAUCCAAACAACGUCUUACAUAGUUGGGACUCAACUAUUAUCAACCCUUGUACUUGGUUUCACAUCAUUUGCAAUCAGAAUCAACAAGUUAUUCUAUUGGACUUGGGUUCUAAAAACCUAACUGGUAACUUGGUUCCUGAACUUGGAAACCUUCAACAACUUCAAUAUCUGGUACUUCACCAAAACAACAUUCAAGGAAGUAUCCCGGCUGAGUUGGGUAAUUUGAAGAAUCUCAUUGAGUUGGACUUGUAUCAGAACAAUCUCUCAGGAAAAAUUCCACCUUCAUUGGGAAACUUGAAGUCCCUUGAGUUCUUACGCCUCAACGAUAACCAUUUAUCUGGAAAAAUUCCACAGGAAGUUUUAAACCUUUCCCAUCUCAAAAUCUUGAAUGUCACAAACACCAAUUUGGAAGGAAAAAUCCCAAGCACUAGACCAUUAGAGGAUUUCCCUUUGAAGAACAUGGCUACAUCUAGUUUAGGAAUCUUCAAAUUUGUUUUUCCAUUUCUAAAUGUGUUUCUAAUUUUCUUCUUCAUUUAAAUCGUAUUGCCCAAAAUUGAUUGAACUUAUUACAGUGAGUUUGUUUGGCAUGACCUACCGUAAUACAUU